AUGGCUAGCUACCGUUUUCUGGUUCAGCAGCCGACCGGAGGCUUCAAGGGUUGUGAGUUCUAUCACAUCCUCCGAGCCGGCAACGAGGCGACCGACACAUUGGCAAAAAUGGGCUCCACCCGACAGUCCAUUCCAGCCGGCGUGUCCCUAGAACACCUGCACAAGCCCUCCAUCACACCUUCUCCAGAGUCGGAGUCCAUCUUCAUCCCCCGCACCGUCUGCAGCCACUCAACCGCCUGCCCCACCGGCACACCGGCUGCAGUUCCCCAGCCGACGCCUUUUGAUGGCCCGGGGGCUGCCGCCCCCCUCCAGGGGUCCCUCCCGCCCGACUCAGGGGCUGCAGCAGUCCGCCAGCCGUCUGCUGCCCCCAACCCAGAAGAUCCAAUAGCAGUGGCGGUGCUCACCGUGGCUACGACACCGUCCUGGGGACAACCCAUCCUUGACUUCCUUGAGGGCGGCACCCUGCCGACUGACGAGGUCGAAGCCGAACGAAUCCAAAGACAUGCCGGAGCAUACACUAUCAUCAACAAUGAGCUCGUCAAGCGCAGUGUGUCUGGAGUCUUCCAGCGCUGCGUUGAGGCAGAGAAGGGCUACGAGAUCCUCCUCGACAUCCAUCAGGGCGAGUGUGGCCACAACGUUGCUUCUCGCUCCCUGGUGGCCAAGGCGUUCCGCCAUGGGUUCUACUGGACAACCGCCCUCAAAGAGGCCAAGACGCUGGUCAACAAGUGCAACGGCUGCCAGCGCUUCAAAGCGCGUAACCACCAGUCGGCUGCAACCCUGCAGACCAUCCUCCUCACAUGGCCGUUCGCCGUCUGGGGUCUAGACUGUAAAAUAAGGUCGGCUAUGGCACCGCCGCCUCCUGGUCCAGCCGACACGAGCGACCGACCCAUCUAA